AUGAGUAUUUUUAAAAUAAUACAAGAAUCGUGUCCAGUCAUCGAACCACAGCUGAAUGCACUUUGUAAUAGUGAUAGUCGGGGACCUAAUGAGGAACACUGUAAAAAUAUUCAUAUUUACGUGUUUCUUAUCGAUGCUGAAUGUUACAUAAGUAAAAUAUUUUAUCCGUUAACUUUACUAUUUAUUAUAAUUGAUACAGUACUUAAUUUAUAUUCUUUAUACUGUUUUCUCAAAAUAAAGAAACGUAAUUCUCAAAAUGUUUAUUUAUCUGUAUUAUCACUUGUCGAUACAAUUAAUUUACAUAUUAAUUUUGCUUUACCUAUUUUACGAAAAAUAGAUACAAUUGAUGAAGAAUUUCGUAGUUUAAAUGUGAUAUGCCGUUUAACUGGUGUAUUAACGGAAUUUUUUCUAAUUUUUCCAACAUGGAUUGUCAUUUUACUAACGUUUGAACGUUUAAUAUUCAUUAUACGCCCAUCUAAACGUCCUUUAACCUAUACACAACUAAGAGCAAAAAUAUCGAUACUUUUCUUAGCACUAUUUGUUCUACUUUUAAGUUUAUAUCGUUUAAAAGAUUUGGAAGGUAUUGAUCAACUUAGUGUUUUUUCUACUCUUCCAUGCGAUGUAGACGAUGAAUUAGAUCGAGAAGGUGAAUCAUAUGAUAAAUUAAGAUAUAUGAAUUUAAUAAUUUGGACAAUAUUACCAGAAUGUUUAACAUUUCUAAUGAGUUUAAUUAUAAUUUAUCAAAUAAAAUUAGUUGCUAAAAGAAUGCAAUCAAAUCAUUCUAGAGCUUGUCAACCAAAAUAUAAUCAAGCAACAAGAAUAGCUUUAUUAAUAUCAAUACUAUUUCCUAUUUUUCAUGCUCCAACAGUUAUUAUGAUUACUCUUGAUUUCAUUUAUCGAAGUAACCCAAGAACACCGGGUAUUAUAAUGAUUCUUGUUUCAAAUAAAUUAACUAUGAUUUUUUAUGAAAUAAGUUUAUCAUGUAAAUAUUUUAUUUAUAAACAAACAUUUCGAAAUUCUAGUGGCAUAUUAUGUACGUCAUUUUUUCAAUUUGCUCGUCGACAAAAUUCAGCUAGACUAGGUCAACCAGUUCUUGAGAACACAAAUCAAUGUUUAAAUCAUCAAAAAAUUCGUUUCAGCUCAUAUAAACAAACAAUAGAUUCUCGAGCAAGUCAAAAUGAUUCAUAUUCGAACAAUGCUAAAGAAUAUCAUUCUAUUUCAAAUAAUCAUCAUCCUCGAACAAAUUCAACAAAUCUAUCAAGAACAAACCGAGAAAAAAAACCAUUAAAUGCUGCUGUAAUUGAAACAACUGCUGAAGUACAUAUACCAUUAUCAAGAUCUGAUGUAUUCGGAUGA